AUGAAAUGCCCUAGCCUUCGGUAUAUAAAGAAAAUUUCUUAUGAUUUUGAUUAUGAAUCAGAGAAAAACGCACCAAGAUUUAGUGAUGACGAUGAUACCGCAAGUCUCAUAUGUCUCGGUGGGUCAGAGCCACCUCGCUCUGAUAAUGUGGAUCCUAGUAAAGCUUAUCAUAACGCUCCUCUCACAACAUUUGUCAACGCUGUGAUGCCUAUCGUUCGCAAAAAGCUGGCCGAUAAUGUUGUUAGAAACGCGAAGAAGGCGUAUGCCGACACUCCCGAUAAUCCGUCCGAUUCCCUUACAAAAGGUGAAUCUGCAGCCAUUCGUUUGUACACUAAAGAAGGGAAGAAUUCACGAAGUGUGUACCAUAUGCUGAACAAAGCUCUUGAUAGAAAUACCGAGGCUGAGCUCAAACCAUGGUAUCUGUAUUUAAGGCUUAUUUGCACUGGCCUCAAGAAGAUACCUUCGUGGAAGGACUCAGUGUACCGUGGUGUAUCCGAAGAUUUGAGAGACCAGUAUGGUAAAACAGCCGAAAGUGGUAAGAUGUACACAUGGUAUCGAAUUACAUCGUGCACGAAACGUUUAGAGUCAGCUGAAAAGUUCCUUAAUAAAAAUACUAAAAGGGAUUCAUAUUGUACUUUGUUUCACAUACGAGGUUACUCGGGUGUUGCAAUAUCCGGGCAUUCUGAUUAUCAGAACGAAAACGAGGUUACAUUUUUGCCUGGUACAAAAUUUGUUUUCGAAAGCUCUAUUGUGAUGUCAAAUAUGCUCUUGGUUGAGCUAAGGGAGGAGAACUAUGCCCACGUAUCAGCUCGAACUUGGGUGCAAUCCGCAAAGGCAAGCUCUCUUGAAAAACGACUCAAAGCCCAAGAGAUUCAAAGUCGCGCUCAAACUGCUCAAAUAAAGAGUAAAAAUGCCACCAUUGAAACACUCACUAAACUUGUGCAAACAACAACUGCGGAAAAAGAUGCCGAAUUGAAGAGAAAAACUGCUGAACUCAUUAGCAAAGACGCUAAAAUUGAAACGCUGACGAAACAGGUGCAAAAACCACUGCCACUAUCAGUGCCAUCACCUCGGCCAGCAGUACACCACUGCUCGCCAUCACCAGGACCACCAAACCAACCGCACCACCAUCGAUAUGACGACUUCUCGCCGCCGCGAUCACCGCGACGUCGACAUGACGAUCGAUAUGACUAUGACAAUCGCUAUGACGAUCGAUAUGAUGAUCGAUAUGACUAUGACAAUCGAUAUGACGACUUCUCGCCGCGGCGACCACCACGACGUCGAUAA